UUCUGCGGAAGUCGCCGGGCCCGGAAGUGCGGGCUCGCGUGCUGGGGUUCCUGGUGGCCUCCUAAUGCGAAUGGCCCUGGAAGGGAAGAGCAAACGGAGGAAAAAGAAGAGUGCCGGGGAGGGGGAGAGCCUGGAAGACGGCGGCGGUGGGCCUCUGACUGGAGACUACCUGGUUGGACAGGUCUCCGACAGCCUAGUCCAUGGCGGGCGCCCCUCCAGAGGCGGCCCAGGUCGGCUGGCGGCCCUCUUCAGCUCCGCGGAGCCUCAGCUUCAACCCGUGUACGUGCCUGUGCCUAAAGAAACCACCAAAAAAAGGAAACGGGAUGAGGAGGAAGAAAGUACAUCCCAAAUUCAAAGACCACUUUUGCAAGAACCUGCAAAAAAAGUGAAAGGGAAGAAGAAACUUUCUGAUGCAGACAAAAGGUUGGCAAACAGAGAAAAUGCUCUAGCAAGUGCUGAUUUAGAAGAAGAAAUUCACCAGAAACAAAGGCAGAAAAGCAAAAAUUCUCAAUCUGCUGUUAAAGUAGCAGAUAUAAAAGCACUUGAUGAAGAUGACACAGUUGUAAAUCAAAGAAAGAAAAUUCAAAUCAACCAAGAAGAAGAGAAAUUAAAGAAUGAGAGAACUGUGUUUGUUGGGAAUUUGCCUGUCACGUGUAAUAAGAAGAAGCUGAAGUCAUUUUUUAAAGAAUAUGGACAGAUAGAAUCUGUACGAUUUCGUUCUAUGAUUCCAGCAGACGGAACUGUGUCCAAAAAGUUGGCAGCAAUAAAACGUAAAAUUCAUCCUGACCAGAAAAAUAUUAAUGCUUAUGUUGUGUUUAAGGAUGAGACCGCUGCUACUAAAGCAUUGAACAGAAAUGGGGCCCAAAUUGCUGAUGGAUUUCGUAUUAGAGUUGAUCUGGCAUCGGAGACCUCAUCUAGGGACAAGCGAUCAGUGUUUGUGGGGAAUCUGCCGUACAAAAUUGAAGACUCUGCAGUUGAGGACCACUUUUUGGACUGUGGGACUGUCGUGGCAGUAAGGAUUGUGAGAGACCCAGUUACAGGCCUUGGCAGAGGGUUUGGCUAUGUGCUCUUUGAGAAUACAGAUGCUGUUCAUCUUGCUCUGAAAUUAAAUAAUUCUGAAUUGAUGGGAAGAAAACUCAGAGUCAUGCGUUCUGUUAAUAAAGAAAAAUUAAAACAAAAUUCAAACCCCAGCUUGAAGAAUGCCAGUAAACCUAAGAAGGGACUUAAUUUCGCUUCCAAAAAUGUAGGACAUUCUCAAAGUUUAUUUAUUGGAGAAAAAGCUCUUCUCGUCAAGAAGAAAAAGAAAGGACAGAAGAAAAGUGGACGAACUAAGAAACAGAAAAAACAGAAGUAGCAUUCUGAAGCUUUCUUUUUUCCACUGAGUACUGGUAAUAAAAAUGUGGUGAACCCUGUA